UUUUGAAAAGUGCCAAUUUCAGACGAAUUAUGAAAGAAAAGCGGAAAACGCCUGCAAUGUGUCGUUCAAGAACGAGGAACGUGAUGUGGAAACGAUGCAGGACAUUAAUAAACUUCUUAUCGAAAAUAUUCUGCCCAGUAGUGUCGCCUGCAAAUUCCUGGCUCCGGAUAGGCCAGUCGAUGAGCUGUAUGCGCGUCAACAUGAAAAUGUUUGCGUGAUGUUCGCAUCCAUUCCAAAUUUCAAGGAUUUCUGGAGUCAGUGGGACACCAGUCGGAAACUCGAAUGUCUACGACUUCUCAACGAAAUCGUGUGCGAAUUCGACAAGCUGCUCUCUAAGCCGAAAUUCUCGUCAAUUGAAAAGAUCAAAACCGUCUCAAGCACCUACAUGGCGGCAGCCGGUCUGAACGAAAUGGAAGCCGAUCUCGAUGAUUGCGAAUUCACUGAGGAUAAUCGCAGUGCGAAUCACGCCAUUGUCACUAACAACAAUGUCAUCAAUAUCAACACGAAAGGCGAUGGGCGAAAUCUUAAUUUGAAAAUGUACCGUAAUGCGACGAUGAUGAUUGAAUUCGCCUUGGCCAUGUCGCAGAUACUCGAUCAGCUGAAUCGUGAUUCAUUCCAGAACUUUGAGUUACGGAUAGGCAUGAGUGUUGGCCCACUCGUUGCUGGCGUUAUCGGCGCUCAAAAGCCGCAGUACGAUAUCUGGGGAAACACGGUGAACCUUGCCAGUCGAAUGGACACUCAUGGCGAGCCAAGGAAGAUACACGUAACUCCAGAAAUGGGUGAAAUUUUGAAGCGUGGUGGCUACCGUGUUCAAAGUCGUGGAAAGAUCAAAGUGAAGGGCGUGAAGGUAGGAACCGAUGGAGACAUUCCUGAUAGAAAUCGACUCGAAAAGAAAUUCUUCCGUCUCAAAUAUCUCGAAACCAUCCAAGUACAUCCUGAAGAUCGGUGCUUCUGGUGCUGA